AUGGCAGCUGUCAUCAAAUGCAACGUUCGUCGUUAUAUUGAUGAAAAACAUAAUGUUACGAACAGUAAAGAAUUUGUCGCAGCUGCGCGAAGUACAAAAUAUUUGUCAAUCUAUGCAAGUAAACUCAUCUAUGAACAGGAAAAGAACACGAAGAAAAAGAAGAUUGAAUGGUACGGGAUCAAAUCUUUCAAUAAUAUCGAAUAUAGCAUUACUGAUUUAUCUUCACUAACAAAUGAUCAUUAUUCAAAUGAAAAGCUAUUGGAACAUAUGAGUGUUAAAUGUUGGCGUGCCUGGAACAUUGGAAUUGGAAAGAGAUUUAUGUGGAAUAACCUUCAGGAAAUUUUUACUAUUCCUCGAUUGGAAGUAAUCGAUGAUUCCUUGAUUAUUACGGACCAAUGGCAAUUAGAAUCUAAAGAAAACGAAUUUGUUCAGCACGAAGAUGUCUGUAAAACAUCUGAAGGAGAUGAAAUAGAUGAAAAUUCUCAAGUAGCAAGUAAUUCAAAAUCACAAAUGUUUGACUGUCCUGAGGUUGGAUGUAUGAAACAGUUUCUUACGCAUGGACAUCUGUUAAAUCAUUUGUCUACUGGUAAACAUGUUUUCCAUGAAGAGAAAAUGGGCUUGUUGGAUACAGCAAAGACCCUAUACAAACAAAAAUUGGAGCAAGUCCCUGUUAGACAAUAUCCAUCAUUGAAAGGUUUUGUUGUGAUUCGACCGGCAAAUACUGCAACAAAAACUACCCUACAUUCCGGCUGGGCACUGCUAAAACAAAAAACGAGUCGACGUCUGACGGAACAGCAAAAGAAAUUCCUUGAAGCAAAAUAUGAGCAAGGUGAAGAAAACAACAUGAAGUUUACUUCUGAUGAUGUUGCAUACGAAAUGGAAAUUCUUAUGAUCGGCAACGAAUAUGCUUUUGAACCACAUGAGUGGCUCAAAGCAUCCCAAAUUCAAAGUUACUGGUCCCGAUUAACCAAAAAACGGCGCCAGUCAAAUCAAAACAAAAAGGUAACUACGGGUGUCGAAACGAACAAUGACGACAACAACGAUGAUGAAGAGAUGCGGGAUAAUGAUAUUUUUGAAAGAAUGCAACACGAAGUUAAACAGAAGAUAUUGAAAAAUGUUAUACAAGAUUUACAAGCAGAUGCAGAAAAUAUUCCAGCAGCUGAUGGAGUUACAACACCAACUAUGAAGACCAAACAAGCUCAAAGAUCUAUGGAUAAUAUUGCGGAUCAUCAACGGAAGAAAAAGUCAUUAAUAAAUAACUAA